AUGGCUGGCAAAAAGGGAGAGAACACAAAGAAGGUGGCCGGCAACGCCAAGAAGGCCGAGGCUGCAGCCAAGAAGAACGCGGCCGAGGACGCCCAGCGCCAGGCCGCAGAGGAAGAGCAGUGGCAGAAGGGUUCCAAGAGUAACUCCAAGAAGGAAGCCGAAGAAGCCAAGCGAGCGGAGGCUGCGAGGAAGAAGGCCGAGAAGGAUGCCCUAAUGAAGGAGGAGGAGGAAGCUAUUGGCGGUCGAGCCGAGCCGAAGAAGUCCAAGGCGCCCGUCAAAAAGUCGCGCGGCCUCGACAUGUCGCAGCUCGAGGACGGACCCAGCACCCUCAAUGCCAGCGGUAUUGACAAUGCCCUCGACGCCCUUUCGCUGACCACUGGAGGCACCGACAACAAGAUCGACACGCACCCCGAGAGACGCUUUGCUGCCGCCUACCGCGGAUACGAGGAGCGUCGCCUGAACGAGAUGAAGGCCGACGGCAGCGGCACGGGUCUGCGCCUGGACCAGCGCAAGCAGCGCAUCCGCAAGGAGUUUGACAAGAGCCCCGAGAAUCCAUUCAACCAGGUCACGGCUGCUUACAAUGCUACGAGAGACGACAAGCGGGAAGUUAGGGACAGCGAAAAGAGCAAGAUUGAGAAGCGCCUUGGUGCUUGA